UAUGGAUGUCCCUCAACUGGCAAUUGAACCAAUCGGCUUAGUUUUAAUUAUGAGCUUGGACCAACUAACUUUUCGCAACUUUUGCGACGGCAACAUCUGAUUCAUCUAGAUUCAUCCCGCCCGACCGAAUUGGUGGAAUCGUGACUCCUACGUUUUGGUUCACCCGUUCAAGUCAAGAUGCCUAGCUCAUGUAAGGAAAUAAGAGCCGCGCUGGCGGAUUGCCUGCAACAGUCCGAGUGUGUGAUGGUACAACGACAUACAGCAGCCGAGUGCUUGCGCUCGCCGCUAUCCGAGACGCUCCCGACGAGAUGCCAACAGCUCAAGAGGGGAUUCGGCGAGUGUAGGAGGGGCAUGAUCGACAUGCGUAAACGGUUCCGCGGCAACGAGCCCAUAACAUUUCAAAAGCUCGAGUCCGCCGAAAAGUCAGGCGAGGGGUAUCAAUUAUACGCGGGAAGAUCAGCCUUUUCUAGCGGCGCAAAGAGGACCGAUGGGAACGAACCGGAACCCAAAGACUGGCGAGAAGUGGAGAAUGAGAAAUACCGGAAAGAACAAGAAGCGCAAAAGAAAUGACUCUCAAUUCGUAUCGUAUGUCUAGAGGAGUAGUAUUCUGGAUGAGUGGUCAUAUAUAAAAAGCAUUGGGCGGCGUUGGAGUUGGACGGGCAUUUCUCGAUUCCUCUUCCUGGGACGGAUGGGAUCAUUACCUUUAGGCGUGGCUUACGGUCAACUCUUC